CAUCCAUGCCUUUUCAGUUUUCCAAAACAACUUAUCUUAUUCAAAAUUUAAACUCAUUAUUUCCCUGCACCUUAUUUCCCUUUUCCUUUCAGCUGAGAAACCCUAAAACUUUUGGUUGUUUCAGAGGUUUCUUACAUGAUUAUGAUUUAGGGUUUUUUUUAAGUUCUUUUUUACUGGAUUCGUAGGUGGAUGAUUAGGGGCUUAUAACCAAGCACCAAAACCCUAAGUGGGUGCCAUCACCUCCGCCGCUGAAUAGCGGAUACACGUCGAAGUUACAAGCCCGUCGGAGCUCAUAACCAACAUCGCCAUUGUUGAGCAGUAUCGAUUACAGGGUUUUAGUUUCUCAAAUCACCAAAAUCUCCGAUUCAAGUCUCAGAUUCUGGUUAUUAUCAUCGAGUGACUGUAGAGAAAAAAACGAGACCAGUGUGUUACAUCGGUCUUGGUCCGGGUCAGGUUCUGAGGUGCUCAUUAAAGUGAAAUCGGAUGGAGUUUGUCGUUGGUACUGGAGAAACCAUUUGGGCUGGGUUUGUUGCUGAAUUAUGCAGCAUAGCCAUAGAGCCCCAGCUUAACACGUCGUCAUCCAUGAGUGAUGAACUCAAAGAGGAACUGGCAGUGUUAUAUGAAAGUGAUGGGCAAUAUGAUAAAGCUUUUGCACUUUAUGCAGAUCUUAUGAAACCAGAUAUCUUUGAGUUUAUUGAGAAGAAUAACUUGCAUGAUGCCAUUCGUGAAAAGGUUGUCCAGCUAUUGCAGAUCGAUCAUAAGCGUGCAGUUUCAUUGUUAAUCCAGUACCGGGACGUAAUUACCCCUGCUGAAGUUGUUUCCCAACUUCUGGCUUCAAAAAAGCCAUGUGGAUAAAGAUAGCAUAAAGCAUGUGGAUAUUUGACAAUUGCUUACUAUGCUGGAGAUGUGCAAUAUCAAUUUGAACAAUUUAUUGACAAAGAAUGAUGAUUAAGUGGUUUCUGAAUUGAGGAGGUUGUUUCUGCAAGUUCUGGGAAUGGUCUUGAAUAAUAUGUGGUGCCAUAAGCAAAAAUCUUCAGGAUGCAAAUUUUGUGAACCUAUAACAAAUCCAGAGAUGCUGGUAAGAUGGAUUUUGAGAAAAAAGACUCGAACAAUACUCAAGCUAAAUCAUUGAAAACUAAGUGGAAAGGGUCAGAUAAGAUGCACACAUCUUGACAAAUUAUUCUCUAUUUUUAUUUCCAAGCUUUUUAUUCCUAAAUGUCUAAGGUGCACAAGUUUAGAUAACUACACCUCUAAAUUGAUAGUAUAUUAUAAAUGAAAUUAGCUGUAAUUUAGAUACUUAUAAUUACUUUAAAUACCUUUCAGGUGUAACUUUUAUUUUUUCCUUUUUAAACGAUUAAAUGGAAUAUGUGAUCUCUACAAGAUUAUGUGCCGCAGAAGUUGGGCAAAUUGGAGCACCAACUAGAAGAGAAAUUGGUGAUGGUUAGGGCCAACCCAAGGGUAAGCCAAAUGAGGCUUGGGCCUUGGGGCACAUAAACUAUAGGGCCUCCAUUUAAAAAAAAUUAUAUUAUAUGUAUUUUCUCAAAAAU